AUGGCUACCAGAACCGUACCCGAAUAUGACGAUCUCGACGUAUACAACGUUGACGACGACUUCGACGACCCUUUCAAGUCCCCACCGCGCGAAGCGAAAGAUGGAAGCACGAAUAAAAGAAAGCAGGCCGAAGCCUUGGGUCUUGAUGAAGAGGUCGAAGUGGCUAAAAGAGCGCGGGUGCCACGAGUAAAGCUGGACGAAGCUCGGCUACUGUCGGAUAACGGGAUACCCAAGCUUCGAAAACGCGCCGGCAAUCUCAAGUUCAAGGGCAAAGGACACGAGUUCUCCGAUGCAGCUCGUCUUCUAUCCUUCUAUCAGCUUUGGCUCGACGACCUCUUCCCCAAGGCCAAGUUCCUCGAUGCUCUGAGCAUGGUAGAAAAAGCCGGUCACAAGAGGCAGAUUGGACUGAAGCGCAUGGAGUGGAUUAACGAGGGCAAGCCUAGGCCGUGGGAGGCAGACGGGGACAGAACGGAAGAUCCAGUGGAAAAGGUAUCAGAGCAGACAGCCCAAGUCUCCACAGCACCAGUCUCAGCAACUGUCCUUCUACAGCAAAACAUGGGAACACCAGAACGCGGAGACACUAUGGGCUUAGAAGACAUUUAUGAUUCGACACCCUUGGCUAGGAAGCAGGACGAGGACGUGUCCACGCUACAGCCCGAGGAGCCCGACGAUGACGAUCUCGACGCGCUCAUGGCUGAGGCGGAUGUAGCAACUCACGCACAAGCACCAGCUACUCUGGAGCCCAGCGGCAAGUCGGCAGAGGAACAAUUCGCAGAUGAAGAAGCCGCUAUGGCCGAAAUGGAUGGAUUGUGGUGA